GCUCGCGCGCGCCGGGGUCGCUUGGCGGGCCGUGGUGUACCUGUAACGUGUCAGUGCGAGCCCGCCCGGGAUUUGGCGGCGAAGAAGAGCAGCCCGUCCCAAAUGGAGGGCCAAAUGGAGGCCGCCGAGGCGCGUGAGCUGGCCUGGGCCGGCUGCAUUCCGGCAGUCUUCUCGCUCGCUCAAGAUGAGGUGACGACGCUGGAACCGCCGCCGUGCUACCACGCAAACCUGCCGCGGCAGAGCUGGCUACCACUCGUGACGGGCGAGGUGGUAGAGCACUUCCUGCCUUUUGCGCCGCCCAUGGCACGCGCCAGCUCGAUGUGGAUGCAGUGCCGCGGCGAGCCGCUGCGGUGGCAGGUGCCGGUGGGCGUGCUCUUUGACCUGCUGACGAGCGGCGACGACCAGCCGGGCAAUGGCGAUAUGCUGCCGUGGCAGCUGACAGUUCGCUUCCAGGCGCGGCCGACGGACCAGCUGCGCGGCUCGGUCGACGACGCGAAAGCCCUCGUACGCUCGGCUCUGAAAGAGUCUGCGUUCCUGCGUUGCGGCUCGGCGCAACCCGUCAUGGACCUGAGUCCGCUCGACGACGCGCGCAUCUUUGAGGCCCUCUGCAGUGCGUCGCCCAUCGAGGCGGGCUCGCCGGCGCCGGCGCCGUCGAGUGGCGGGUCGCCGCCACCACUGCCGCCGCCAUCCUGCUUGCCUCCCGCAUCUCCUGUGUCAUCGCAGGCGGCGGCGGGUCAGGCGGCAAGCCAGCAGACGCCCGCAGGCAAGCAAGGCCAGCCGAGUGCUUCGGAUGCGCCGGCCUCGUCUCCCUACGAGGUCUACUGCCAGGCACGCACGCCGCUCGAGGCGUCUCUGCUCCGCUCGCUCGGCAGCCGCGGCGAGCGCGCUGUGCCGACCCGCGCCUUUGUCGCGCAGCGCGAGUGGCGGCAGCUGCCCGUCGCUCCGCUGCUGCCCUCGGGCGACCCAACCACGCUCGCCGACGCUCUAGCUCUGCUACUGCCACGCGCCUUUGCAGCGGCUUCCGACGCCGAGGGCUCCGGCGGCGAGGGGCAGCGGCCGACUGCAAUCGUGCAAGGGGUGGUGGUAGAGCUGAACACGCCCGUCUCUUGGCUGUACGAGGCGUGCUCCCACCCGGACGGCUUUCUAUACGUGGUUUGCUUGAUGCCCCAGUCACAGCGAACGCGAGGGUAGGUCCAAGCACAUCCCUGCUGAGGCACUAAACCGCAGUACCAGUAGCUUCUCCAAGUCGCUCUGUUGGUCCCCUUUUGGGCGCACGCGAGGGAAAUCGGCGCACGAGCGGAGUAGUAAACACCGAGACGAUACGUC